AAAUGACCUCAAUUCAGUAGUCAAAUCACAUGUUUCGUCCAUGUUCAUAUAUAUCUCUCUCUCACUCACAGAGAUCUCUCGAACAUCUCUCUCUCGCUCUCUAUCUCUUGCUAGUUCAUUAGCAGUUUCUCUCUCUCUAAACUUUUUAGGUCAAGUGGAAUUGCUGUGAGCCAUGGCGUUCUUUAGAAGUGUGUCCGCACUUUCAAAGCUACGGUCUCGUAUUGGCCAACAGUCAAGUUUCAACGGGUCUGUACGAUGGCUUCAAAUCCAAACCUCUUCUGAUCUUGACCUUCAUUCUCAGCUGAAGGAAAUGAUCCCAGAACAACAGGAGCGCUUAAAGAAACUGAAAUCAGAGCAUGGAAAGGUUCAACUAGGGAACAUUACUGUUGACAUGGUUCUUGGUGGGAUGAGAGGAAUGACAGGGUUAUUAUGGGAACCGUCAUUACUCGACCCAGAUGAGGGAAUCCGCUUUCGAGGUAUGUCUAUCCCCGAAUGUCAGUCGUUAUUACCAGCGGCAAAGCCUGGUGGAGAGCCAUUGCCUGAAGGUCUCCUCUGGCUUCUUUUAACCGGAAAGGUACCGAGCAAUGAGCAAGUACAUGCAUUAUCCAAGGAAUUACGAAGUCGUGCUACUGUUCCAGAUCAUGUGUAUAAAGCCAUCGAUGCUCUACCUGUCACGGCUCAUCCAAUGACUCAGUUGGCAACUGGUGUUAUGGCUCUUCAGGUUCAGAGUGAAUUUCAAAAAGCAUAUGAGAAGGGGAUACCAAAAUCAAAGUACUGGGAGCCGACAUAUGAGGACUCUCUUAGUUUGAUUGCCCAAAUGCCAGUUGUUGCUGCUUAUGUCUAUCGCAGGAUUUACAAGAAUGGACAAACAAUUGCCUCGGAUGAGUCCCUAGAUUAUGGUGGAAAUUUUGCGCACAUGCUGGGCUUUGAUAGUCCCGACAUGCAAGAGCUUAUGAGGCUUUAUCUCACCAUCCAUACUGACCAUGAAGGUGGGAAUGUUAGUGCUCACACAGGUCAUCUAGUUGCCAGCGCUCUUUCAGACCCUUAUCUUUCAUUUGCUGCUGCAUUAAAUGGUUUGGCUGGACCGCUCCAUGGCUUGGCUAAUCAGGAGGUUUUGCUCUGGAUCAAAUCUGUGGUUGAGGAGUGUGGAGAGAACAUAACCACAGAACAGUUGAAAGACUAUGUCUUGAAAACAUUGAAGAGUGGCAAGGUGGUUCCUGGAUUUGGGCAUGGAGUUUUGCGUAAAACAGAUCCAAGGUACAUGUGUCAGAGGGAGUUCGCGAUGAAGCACUUACCUGAUGAUCCACUGUUCCAGCUGGUUGCAAAGCUUUAUGAAGUGGUGCCUCCUAUACUUACUGAGCUUGGCAAGGUGAAAAAUCCUUGGCCCAAUGUUGAUGCCCACAGUGGGGUAUUGCUGAACCAUUAUGGCUUAACCGAAGCAAGAUAUUAUACCGUUCUUUUUGGAGUAUCAAGGUCUAUCGGAAUUUGCUCUCAGUUGAUAUGGGACCGAGCUCUUGGGUUGCCGCUUGAGAGGCCGAAAAGUGUGACAAUGGAAUGGCUUGAAAAUUACUGCAAGAAGACAGCUGCUGCUUAAUCUUGAAUUUCACAUGCACAGAAUAUAGUAUCGUUUUUCUCAAUAAUAAUAUAUGAAAGAGCAUAGAUCUAUGGGGGAAAGGCAUGGUGGUCUAAAACUGGGACAUUCACUGAUGUGAUUGUAUUUUAAUAGGCUUUAGAAAUGGAUUUGUUCUGGUGCUUCUUUCCCAAAUUUUUGAAUUUAGUCAAAUGUAUUUCCUAUUUUUGCUUUCUUAAUCCAUGAAUGAUUGAUUGGAGACCAGCUCUGUGCGGUCGGUGAUUGUCUUCUCCGUUGUUGAUCUUGAAAAUGUAUAACAGGUUAACACUAGACAUCCUUUGGUCCCUUUUGGAUGAUUUGAAUUUAAAGUUUUUCUUAAA